AUGAGCUUCGUGCCCAUUAACCCGCGGCCUAUGCUGCAAGACCUCGUCAACCAGGACAUCGUCGUCAGACUCAAGUGGGGCGAGACCGAGUACAAGGGCAAGCUGGUCAGCAUCGACAGCUACAUGAACAUCCAACUCAGCGGCGCCGAGGAGUACAUCGACCAGAAGCUGACGGGAGCUCUCGGCCAAGUCCUGAUCCGGUGCAACAACGUCCUCUGGAUCCGCGGCGCAAAACAGGGCGAGAACGACGUCAAGAUGGAGGGUUGA